AUGGAUGUGUUGAUGCACCACAUUCAAGAGGAGGUGCCAUGGUGUAUGUCAUUUGUAGAUGACAUGGUGCCAAUCGAUGAGACGCACUGCGGGGUUAAUGAUCGGCUGGAGCUGUGGAGGCACACCCUGGAGUCUAAAGGUUUCAAGUUGAGUAGGAAAAAAAUUGAAUACUUGGAGUGCAAGUUCAGUGUUGGGACACAUGAAUCAGAGAUAGAGGUGAAGCUUGAUACACAAGUCAUCCCCAAGAGAGAUAGUUUCAAAUAUCUUGGGUCUGUUAUUCAGGGGAACGGGGAGAUUGAUGAGGAUGUUACACAUUGUGUUGGAGCGUGGUGGAUGAAAUGGAGGCUUGCGUCUGAUGUUUUGUGUGAUAAGAAUGUGCAACCAAGGGCAAGUUCUACAAAGUAG